CGACGCCAGUCAUUUGGCCAUGACCCUCCAGCCGACCACGUGCUCGUACGACGCCUGCGCGCGCUUCGCCAAGGAGAAGAACCUCUGCCUCACGCACCACCGGUGGAUGCUCCAGUACCUCUCCAACGCGUACAUGAAGGACCACGCGGCGCCGACGGUCCUCGACCCCAAGAUCCAGCGCAUGAACCCGAACCGGAAAUGCAAGGCCAACCAGUGCUGGUCCUACGCGCGCACGGGCGGCUACUGCACCAUGCACGGCGGCGGCCGCAAGUGCAAGGUGCGCAACUGCCACACGGCGUCGCAAACCGGCGGCUACUGCCGCACCCACGGCGGCGGCUCCAAAUGCCGCGAGCCGCGCUGCGCCGACUUUGCGCGGCUCCGGGCCUCUGCCUCCAGCACAACCUCGAGGCCGAGCGCGCCGGCCGCCUCCCGCCCGCGCCCGAGCUCGCCCAGACAGCGUAGCUAGCAGUAUAGACUAUUUAACGCAGGUAGAGCGG